AUAGAAGUCGGCGUGGCGCGGCAGGGAGUAGACGAGAGAGACACGAACUCUCUUUUCUCUCUCUGUCUUCUCGUUCGUCGUUUCGUCUGUCUCCGAUUAAAAAGAAAGAGAGAGAGAGAGGGAAGGAGAGAAAGAAGGACAGAUAGAAAACUGUAAAGAAGAGAAAGAAAGAAUAUAUACACGAUAUAAAUCAAAAUAAUCAAGGAGAGCGAGAGAAGCGAGUACGCGUGUGUCGUAAGUUUCGUGACGUUGGAAAAGAGAGGAGCUUGUCAUUGACAUCAGUAGUCAGUUUUCUCUGUGUGCUAAUAGAGAGAUAAGAGAGGAGAGAUUGGAGAGUUUGAUGUAGAGAAAGAAAAAGAGAGAGAAGAAGGUGACGUGUAUAAGAGAGAAAGAAAGAGAAAGAGAGAAUGUGCAUUGAAACGACGAUACGCGUUAGUGGAACGUAUACUCUGGAGCCAUUCUGAAAGAGAGAGAAAGAGAAGAGAAAGAGAUAAAGAGAAAGAGAGAAAGAGAUAGAAAGAGAAAGAAAGAAAGAGAAAGACAGAGAAAGAGAGAGAGAGAGAGAACGAUUCUUUCGAUCACGCUCGAGAAAGAUGCGUUCGCGCGUACCAGUAUCGCGGAGGACGACGACGAAAGAGAGGAGGCGCCAUCGCGAAUUCGUCGUCGGUCGUCGCGCGUGAGUCAGUCGGCCCGUCGUGGAUCGUAACGGGCGGCCGCCACCACGUACAAGAUGGCUUCGGGCGACAAUGUGGACGCGAUCGAGGUUGUAGAAACGAGUUUCGCCGGACCGGCCCAACCUGCGGAGGAUUCAAGAAGGGCCGAGCAAUCCGCCGAGGAGGACAAUAAAUCCACGGGGGAGAAAGUAGCGGCACUCGAUAACUCAAUAACGCAACAUGGCACGGCGGGACUCAAAACCCCUGCGGGGGUGUCAAGAAAUAAAUCGGAAAGGGAAAGGAAGAUUGGACAUCGUCGUGUUGGUGUGGGAGGUGAAAUCACGUACAAAAAGAUACAAACGACACAGAUUAUGGGAUCUAUACAACUUGGUAUACAACAUGCGGUCGGUGGUCUAGCGAGUAAGCCAGAACGAGAUUUACUCAUGCAAGAUUUCAUGACCGUCGAGACAACGAAUUUUCCAAGCGAGGGAUCUAAUCACACCCCGGCUCAUCAUUUCUCCGAAUUUAAAUUUAAAAAUUACGCGCCAAUUGCAUUUCGAUAUUUUAGGGAUCUCUUUGGAAUUCAACCGGACGACUUUUUGAUGUCGAUGUGUAGCGCACCCUUGCGUGAAUUAUCCAAUCCGGGUGCUAGUGGAAGUAUAUUCUAUUUAACGGAGGACGAUGAAUUUAUUAUUAAGACUGUACAGCAUAAAGAGGGAGAAUUCUUGCAAACUCUUCUUCCAGGAUAUUACAUGAAUUUAAAUCAGAAUCCAAGAACACUGUUACCAAAAUUUUUCGGCUUGUAUUGUUAUCGUUGUAACAGUAAAAAUGUUCGAUUAGUAGCUAUGAAUAAUCUACUUCCGUCGUCGGUAAAAUUGCAUCAAAAAUACGAUCUCAAAGGAUCGACUUAUAAGAGAAAGGCAUCAAAGAUGGAAAGAUCGAAAUCGUCGCCAACGUACAAGGAUUUAGAUUUUAUGGAACACCAUCAAGAAGGAAUUUUUCUCGAAGCCGAUACGUACAAUGCACUUGUCAAAACUAUUCAACGAGAUUGUCGCGUUUUAGAGAGUUUCAAGAUCAUGGAUUAUUCUCUUUUAGUUGGGAUACAUAAUCUCGAUCAGGCCGCGAGAGAAAAAGCUCAGGAACAAAGAAUAUCAGCCAGUGCGGACGACGAGAUUGGCGAUGUCGCCGGAGAGGGUGGUGCUUUUAUACAAGCGGAUAGAGAACGCGAUAGAGAGGAUAGAAUAGGUGCUACGGCAUUGAAUCGAUCGAGAAGCAUAAACAGGCAAAGGUUGGUCGCUCAUAGUACAGCUAUGGAGAGUAUUCAAGCUGAGAGCGAACCGAUCGACGAGGAGGAUGAUGUUCCCAGUCCUGGUGGUAUACCUGCAAGAAAUGCUCGUGGUGAACGGCUGUUACUAUUUCUUGGUAUCAUUGACAUUUUGCAGAGCUAUAGACUUAAGAAGAAGCUCGAGCAUACGUGGAAGUCAAUGAUACACGAUGGUGAUACAGUAUCAGUACACCGACCAGGAUUUUAUGCUCAGCGUUUUCAAGACUUUAUGGCCAAGACAGUAUUCAAGAAGAUACCUUCACUGGACCUGCCUGAGAUUAAGGGGAACCAUCGCAAAUUCCGUAACCUCGUCACCAGCUACAUAGCACUGAAACAUUCCCCUUCGAAGAGAAAAAGUAUAACGAGGCCAUUGAGGCCAUUAGAGGGUGACUUCGAUUCAACCGCGGUGGCGGCAACGGGAACCUCGACAAUGCAUGCUACGUCACCCACGAAGCCCGGGAGUCCAACGGAUAUCGCAGCCUCUACCACCACAAGCACAGUCAUUUCGACUGGUUCGAUCCCGAUCGCUACAUCGACCCCUGUUAACCUUGCGUCUGGUGCAGUGAGUCCACCGCCAUUGGCCUUGAGUAUCACCGGACAGGCCAUUCCUCAUCAAGAACAAAACGCUUUGGGUAUCGGUGUUAUCGGGAAAUCAUCGUCGGCAGCGGCAGCGGCAGCAGCAGCAACAACAACAAUGGCAACAGGAGCUGGAGCAGGAACGACCACUUAUCCAGCUGUUUUGAAGGGCAGAAGCGCAGCUAGUCCUCCUAAUCCGAAUUUGGUGCCUUCCGGAAAGGUUCCACCACCUGUACCACCUAGAGGCUCUGGAUCCAGGUCUGCCAGAUCACCUGGACCACCUGCUACAACCUCCUCGUCUUCUGUAACUUCCAGCCGAGGUGGCACCCUUCCCUCUACCUGUUCCACCCCGCCCCCACCUUUUGACGAUGCAGUCCGCUCAAACGACCAGACAUUGGCUUCCGGUGGUCAUCUACAGCAAGCAGUUACUACAAGUAUACUCACCAGCAGCCUGAGCAGUGCCCAUUCCAAGCAGAACAAGGUCGUCCAUCAUGUUACUCUUACCAAAACCAGUCAGGAUGCUGUGAGUAUAUCAGACGUACAUUUGGAGAGUAGCGGAAGUGGGAGUGGUGGUAGCGGUGGUAGGGAGACAAAAUCAUCUCUGAGCGUCGAAAGUGGUGGUAGCAGUCGAGGUGGUGGCGGUCUAACGUGGACACCACCUGCCGGUAGUGCCGAAGGCUCGACUCCAACAUGGACCGAAGGGACACCAUCGUUCACCGAAAGUUCUAGCAGCGGUGACAUAGGAUGUCCGACUACGCCGAUCAGAGGGAGUCAACGUUCCGAAGAUGGCGGAAGAAUCGCAGCAACCGUUGAAGAGGCACUCGCUAGUCUCACCACCGAAAUGGAAAUUCUACAACGCGAGUGAACACACGCUGUAUACGAAUCGUCGUCCAUCUUCUCCUCUUCUUCUUCUUCUUCUUCUUCUUCUACGAAAGCUUCCGUUUAUCCAUCUCUUUAUCUACCUCUCUGUCUCUCUUUCUCUCUUUCUCUCUUUCUUUCUUUUUUUUUCUCUCUCUCUUUCUCUAACUAUCUCUCUAUGUUCUACAUACAUACGUCAUCACGUGUUCAACCAUACCGAGUGGUUCGUGGACUAUGACGAUUAAACUGCUUACGAAUCAUCGACGAGCGAGAGACUCGUAAAUAGAUGUAAAAAGAAUUUAAUAAAAACAAGAGAACGAAAUUUAAGAGAAAAAGAAAUAUGGAAAAAUUGAGAGAAAGAGAGAGAGAGAGAAAGAGAGAAGAGAGAUAAGAAAGAGAAAGAGAGAAACUGCAAAAUGAAAAAAGAGAAAGGGAAAAGAAAAAAUGUUCUAUCCAUUGAUAUUCCAUCGAAUUUUUUUAUUUUUGUUUAUAUAUAUAUAUAUAUAUGUAUGUAUGUAUGUAUGUAUACGUGUAUAUAUUUUUUUGAUACUUUUUAAAUUACUCGAAUAAAAUUUAUCUCUGUCUCUAUCCUUUUUCUCUUAACGAUCGGAUAUAUUCAAAAUCUCUUUUUUUAUUAUCAUUUUUUUUUUAUAUUUUCUUAUCAUUAAAUUUCAAGAGUGUACUUAAUUAAUUUUUUGUAUGAGAGAAAAAGCAUCGAUCAACUGUUCGAGUAUCGAAAUAUUUUUAAUUAAUUAUUAUUAUAUCGAUAUAUAUGUAUAUAUAUAUAUAUAACUUUUUUCUUUUAUAUAUAUACAUAGGUGGAUCAAAAAUUCUCCCUAAAUGAUUCAAAAAUUUUUCGAUGGUAUUAAAAAUAAAUUACUUUUUUUUCGAGACCAUUCAAAUCAAUUUUGUUUAUACAUCGUAAAAAAGUUGAAUACAAGUCUUACUUGUUUAACUGCAAACUUAACAAGAUUUUAAAAAUCUUCUAAUAGAAACUUUUUGCGAUGCUUAAGAACUUAUGGUCCAGCCUCUAAAUAAUUUAUAUAUAUAUAUAUAUAUAUAUAUAUAUAUAUAUAUAUACAUGUGUAAGAAAAAUAAAUUCAUGCGCAACUCACAUUUGCUAUUAAACAUUUCGUGAUAACGAAUUUCGAGAGGGAUGAAAAAUUGAACUUGUUCAGCGAAUAAAUAUAUUCUUCGUAAAAAUAUGUCAAACAUUAUUAAAAAUACAGACAAACGCACACGCACACAUAUACAUACAUAUAUAACACGCAGACAUAUUUAAAAACACGAAAAAUUGAUCGCGUUUGAUCGUCGGCCUAUAGUAAUAUUGAAAAUCGUGCGAUCUUCGUCUCGUCGAAAAAACGACAAGGAAGAAAAAAAGAAAGAAAGAAAGAAAGGAAAAAAGAGUCACGAAUAAAAAUAAAUAUAAUACAUAUGUAUUGAACAACGAGAAGAUAAAAGAAAAAAGGAAAAGAGAUAAACAAAUAAGAAAAAAAAAAGAAAAAGAAAAAGAAAAUAAAAAAUUGGAAAAAUAAAAAACGAAUGCGAAUCGAUCUGUAAAUAUCAAACACUUGACGUAACACGCACGCGUUUGAUCGAUCUCUAUAAUGAUCAAUAAAAUCGAUAUAAAUAUAUACAUACAUAUAUAUAUACAUAUAUGUAUGUAUAUAAGUGGAACGGACCUCUUUGAUUUCCCAAUUUUUUAUUACAAGUAUCUAUAUAGUUAAUGUCUCUCACUUUACAUAUACAUAUAUGUAUAUGUAUAUGUAUAUAUAAAUAUAUAUAUAUAUGUACACACACAUAUAUAUAAAUAUAUUUGUGUAUGUCUCAUGUUAUGCCUGUACCUUUCUCUGUAUAUGUAAUUGUAUCUGUUGGUACGUGCACGUUCUCACACAGCACACACACACACACAUACACAUUCAUUCACUCACUCACUCACAAGCACACUCACCUACACAUAAUAAGCAAUCGAUGACAUUUAAUGCGAUCUGUAUAAUAUAUAAUAAUAAAAUUUAGUAGUAUAGGGGGGAAGAAGAUCAUAUGUAAAAAUAAUAAUAAUAAUAAUAAUAAUAAUAAUAAUAAUAAUAAUAAUAAUAAUAAUAACAACGAUGAUGAUGAUGAUGAUGAUGAUGAUGAUGAUGAAUAAAGAUGAACGUUUUAGUGCCGUAUUAUAUAAUAUAAGUAAAAUUGAAAACUGAAGUGUAAUCGUCAAAUCGCUAUUGUCAAAUUAUUAAUAUUAUUAUUAUUAUAUUAUCAUUAUUAUUAUUAUUAUUAUUAUUACUAUUGUUAUUAUUAUUUUUAUUAUUAUUAUUAUUAUUAAUAUUAAUAAUAUUAUUAAAACGUAAUUACAAGUAAUACGGCUAGUCGUCGUCGACGAAGAUUUCGCGUUAGAAAAAAAAAAAAGAGAGAAAAAGUUAAAGAAAAAACGUUGAAAAAAGGCCAAAAUGUUGUUCAACCAAUACGUAUUAAUAUUGUAUAUUUAUAUAUAAACACAUAUACAGGGUGCACGAAAAGUGUCUAGGCGAGGAAGAGGUCUCUAGGUUACGAUUUUAAAUGUCUAUUAUUAUUUUGCGAGACUUUUUAGGCCGAUUGUUUUUUUCUCUCGCUCUCUUUUUUCACUUCUUCAUUUCUCUUUUCUUUUUUCUCGAACUAUAAAACUGCAAAUCUAAUUAAUAGUCCAAAAAAAGAAAAAUAAAUAGCAGAAAGGAGAAAGAGUAUAAUGAUUUUCUUUUUUUUUUUUUUUUAAAUCACUUAAGAACCUUCUAGACUCGCCUAAUGAUUACUUUUCAAGACAUCCUAUAUUGUAUAAUAAAAAUUACUCUUCUGUCAGUGUCGAACGCUUUGCCGAGAGAAGUUGUAUUUGUCCUUGGUGAUUUUAGAAAAAGAGAUACAAGUCUAGUCGCAUUCGUAAUAAAAAUCUCUCGAUUUGUGGAUUCACCAGAGAUGAAAAAUUAAAAUUUGAAACAAGAAAGAAAGAAAAAAUAGAGAAAAAUCGUCUUGCCAAUAUUAUUUUUUUUUUUUUUUUUUUUUUUUUCUUUUCUUUUUCUUUAUAUACAAUAUAAAUGUAUGUAUGCAUACGUAUAUACGUAAAAAAUAUUCUCUGGAGGAACUUAAAAUACGAGAAAAAAAAAGCUAAAUUAAUCUUCAAGUUCGUUAAUCGUUAGUCGCUUUCCAAACAGUCAAAAAAGAAACAAAAUAAUACAAAUAUUCUCCAUGCAAAAAAAAUGUGUGUAUGUAUGUGUUUCGUAAUGGUGUUGAUUGUGAAGAAGGAAUUAUAUAUAUAUAUAUAUAUAUAUAUAUAUAUAUAUAUAUAUAUAUAUAUAUAUAUAUAGGUCGAUCACAAGAAAAUAUUCGUACAUUAAUAUAGUUUCGAAUAUUACGUUCUCAUUUUAUAUGUUAUCAUCAUUAUCAUAAAUAUUAUAUAUUUGUUUUUAUUCGUAAAAAAAAUUUGUCCCGUUUUUUUUUUUUUUUAAUUUAGAAAUUUGUAUUCCAAAGUAGUAUAAUAAAUAAUAAAUUUUUUAUAAUAAUAUAUUUUUUAUAAUAAUAUAAUUUAAAUAAUAAUAAUAUAAAUUUAAUAAUAAUAAUAAUCAUCUUCAUCAUCAUCACCAUCAUCAUUAAAAUUUAAUAAUAAUAAACAUAAUAAAUAAUAAAUUUUUUUGGUCCAUUGUAUAUUUAUUUAACACACAGUGCAUAAUACUCGAAACUUUACUAGUGUCCAAAUAUUUUUGUGACUGACUGUGUAUGUAUAUAUACACAUAUAUAUAUAUAUAUAUAUAUAUAUAUAUAUAUAUAUAUAUAUAUAUAAGCUUUAAAACGUUUCGUAGCUUUGUUAAAGUCUCUUCGACGUUUAAUCUCGUUAGGCUAAUAUUAAUAAACUCCAAAAUAAAAUUUCUCUCUCUCUCUAUCUCUCUCUAUCUCUAUCUCUCUCUUUCUCUGUUCUUAUUGUUAGAUAAAAUGAGAGUGAGAGAGAGAAAGAAAAAUUAAAAAAAAAAAAAGGAUUUUCAAAGGCCGUCAUAUUUUUUUAUCGAACGAUAGCAAACGUAAUUUGUCUAGUCGUCGAUGUAAAAAAAAAAUGAAGGAGAAAAGAAACAAACAAACAAACAAACAAAAAACCGAUCGUUUGAAUUUCUAUCGUUUCUUUUUCUAUUUGUUAUAUUAAAUUAAUCAAUUAAUUAGGUUACAUCGUAUAGAUAUAUAAUUGUAUAAUUUGCGAAAUAAUUGUGCGAUCGAUUAUUAACCAUUUACCUCGAUGAAAAAAGUUGUAUCAACGUGGCUGGUCUCUUCGAUUAAUUUGAAAAAUUCGAUUGAUUUUUAUCGAUAGUUAUUGUAUUCGAUAAAAAAGUAAAUAAAAAAUACAUAAAAAGAAGAACGUUAAAGAUCGAACAGCUAGUCAAGUCGAUACUUUUUCUUUAAUAUGAUAAAAAGAAAAGAAAAAGAAAUAAUAAUAUUAAUAAUAAUAAUAAUACUAAUAAUAGUAAUAAUAAUAAAAAAAAAAAACAUCGAAGAACGAUAUUAAAAAUUUAAUCGGUAAUCGAUAAUUGAUAAACAAUAAUCGAUCGAUUAAUCGACCGAAAUAUUAAACUCGCAUCUCUCCGUAAAUUAUUAUCUCAUUCGAAAUCAUUCCUUGUAAUAACUUAUUAAAUUUUCGAUGAUCGUCCCGAAAGCAUUAAACCGGCAUGUUCUUCUUCUU